AUCUUCAUUCCAUACCCCAAGUCGAAGAAUUCUAGUUUCAAAUCAGUAUAAAUCAGUGAAGAAAAGAAGCGUGGCUCUAUUAUUGAAGUAUUUGUGUUUUAUUCUGGCUGUACCUGCAGAAAGAAUAGUUGUGCUUUGAAAUCGCGUUUCAGUGCUCUACCGGGUAGAACGUCCAGACGUUGCUCCCUUGACAUCUAAAACGAGCUCUCGGGAUUUCAGGAACCCCCUUCGUCCACCCUCCGACCCUUCCCUCAACAAACUUAUCUUGCUUGCUCUUGAAUUAUAAAUCUACAAUUUCUCUCGCUCUACUAUUGCGCGAACAGUUACAUUAACUGAAUUAUAUUUUGAAAUCGGAAGCGCCGAACCUUUUAGCUUUCUACUACUCAAAUCUCAACCUCGCGCGACAUCUCCACCCUUUCACCACCACUUCAACAAAACACGGAUCACAACGAUUGCCACUUGACGCACCUUGAUCCCCCCAAACGAGAAGUCGAUAUCGACUUUCUAUUACACUACUGCACAGAGACGUUUAGUCCACCCUCGAUCCCACCUUAUCCGUGACGCAAAUCACAGGCGACCAGGCAACUCGACUCUGCCUCUGUCAACAGCAACGACUCAACUACCACCACUCAAGCGAAAUUUGCAGCAACUGGAGGCUUUGAGCUCCUCUCCAUUCUAUUCACCGAGGCCGACUCACUGAUAUCCAACAAGUGAGUUACAGUCCUCUCAACAGCGAAACACGAUAUAGCCUGUAUCGACUUUCCGAGACGCACAUACAGCGAGCAAAACCGACCCCACUCCAACCCACCUCCUUCGAGAGGCCCAGACGUCAUGGCGGACCAGAACGAUGUGGAUCUCGAUUCCAUAAUAGACCGUCUGUUGGAGGUCAGAGGAAGCAGACCGGGAAAGCAGGUUCAGCUCUUGGAGGCUGAGAUCCGCUAUCUGUGCACAAAAGCUCGUGAGAUCUUCAUCUCUCAACCGAUCCUUCUGGAGCUUGAGGCUCCCAUCAAGAUUUGCGGCGAUAUCCACGGCCAAUAUUACGAUCUCUUGAGACUCUUCGAAUACGGUGGAUUCCCACCGGAAGCCAACUACCUCUUCCUGGGUGACUACGUCGACAGAGGAAAGCAGUCGCUGGAGACGAUCUGCCUCUUGCUUGCGUACAAGAUCAAAUACCCAGAGAACUUCUUCAUCCUCCGCGGUAACCACGAAUGCGCCUCGAUCAACCGCAUCUACGGCUUCUACGACGAGUGCAAGAGAAGAUAUAACAUUAAGCUGUGGAAGACCUUUACUGACUGCUUUAACUGCCUGCCCAUUGCUGCCAUUAUUGACGAGAAGAUCUUCACAAUGCACGGAGGCCUCAGCCCCGAUCUCAACUCCAUGGAGCAGAUUCGCCGCGUUAUGCGCCCAACUGACAUUCCCGACUGCGGCCUUCUCUGCGAUUUGCUCUGGUCCGACCCCGACAAGGACAUAACCGGAUGGUCUGAGAAUGACCGCGGUGUAUCGUUUACCUUCGGUCCCGACGUCGUUUCAAGAUUCCUUCAAAAGCAUGAUAUGGACUUGAUUUGCCGCGCUCAUCAGGUCGUUGAAGACGGGUAUGAAUUCUUCUCGAAGCGGCAAUUGGUCACGCUGUUCAGCGCGCCCAAUUACUGUGGAGAGUUUGACAAUGCUGGUGCAAUGAUGAGCGUGGAUGAGAGUCUGUUGUGUUCGUUCCAGAUUUUGAAACCUGCCGAGAAAAAACAAAAGUUCGGACGCAGAUAAAUCGACUCUUAUUUUAUUUUUCCCAUAUCGAAAUUACCACCCAACGCCGACUCGAAAUAUUCCUUUCCUCCAACAUCCUCCGCAGGUCGCCUGCCAACCUCUCUCUCCGUAUUCGACCACCCCAAUUCUUUCGACUGGUACGACCCGCCUCUUCGACUUCGCAAAACAUCACAUACGUUGCGCCCCUGGAUUUUGCCUUUCUUUUCGAACCUCGCUAUGAUUCAUUUUACGCAGACUUUUUCUUAACCCCGCCCAGAUUUUUUGCUUCAUGAGCCCGACGACCUCGCGACUGGCGCCUACGUGAUAUGGAAAAAUUAACGGGGGUAUUCAAUGGCCUGGUUGCCGGCACUGGGAAGUAGGGUAAGGGGAUGGAAGGGGUUUGUGUAUAUGACAUUUUAACGAUGUUGGGACGCAUGAGGGGGGCAUAUGUACUUGUCUGUUUGGCCGUGAGGCGAGCCGUGCUUCCCUGCACUGGCUUGCAAAUGAUUUCGUUAUGGGUAACUGGAGAUGGGAAUAAGGGG